UCAGGGUCAGAGAAGGAGUCGUCACAAUGGACGCCAGAGGGUCGGAGUCCGAGAGCUCUCUGGAGAUUCAGUGCUGCUGACCAUAAAAAUGGAGGAAGGAGUCACGGGCAGAGAAGCGGCUGGAAAAGGCAGCGGAGCAGGCCCUCCCUCCCGCUCCUCCAGGACAGCGCAGCACUGUGACACCUUGAUCUCAGCCGGCGAACCCCAGGUCUGGCUUCUGACCUCCAGAACUGGACCACGUUAAAUGAACAAAGACUGAACUGUCACAGAUACUUUUUUAUAAAAGGCCUCCGUGGACUAUUGCUUCAGUCUGACUGAUAAACAAGUUCCUAUGAUGAGCUCACAGAUUCUUGCACAGCCUCACUAUUUGAAGAAAGUUCAUUCUGAAAAUCUGAAGCAGUUAAUGGGUAAAUAUGAUCAGGUAUCUCCACCAAGUUCUCAGCCUGAGAAGGCCUCACCUUGUGCCCUGAGGAAGGAGCCAGCUGUCUGUGGACUGAGACCUCUGAAAACGGAAUCCCUUUUUGCCAACCUAAUGAAGCAUUCAAAGUCAUAUGACUCUUUUCAAGAUGAGCUUGAAGAUUACAUUAAAGUGCAGAAAGCCAGAGGCUUAGAGCCAAAGACUUGUUUCAGGAAGAUGAGAGAGGGCUACCUGGAAACCUGUGGGCACAGAGAGGAGGUCGACUCCAGAGCCAGGUACAGAAUGUCUGACCAGAGACCACCACCUGGACUUGUCCAGACCCACCCAAGAUCAUGCAGUACUCUACAGAUAGUGGACGGCCAGUUACCUCAGUGCCUGCCAGCUCAGGACGGCAGGCUGAGACCAGAGUCCCUGAGCAUCUCUCAGCUCCCCAAGCACUGCUUCUUAGGGACACCAGUGCCCAGGAACCUUAGUCAGCGAGAGUACAAUUGUGGCUCUUAUGACUUGGAGUCCAGUGUUCACAGGCACCUCUCUUCAGGAAACAGCCCCAGCGCCCGUCCAGCCGGCCACAAGCAGGCGCAUCAGAAGAGGAAAAGGCACCCCGAGGAGGUUGGAGAGGAGGCAGAGGAGAAGCAGCCCAAGCACCGUAGAAAAAGAGGUUCUGAGGAACUGGGUUUGGGCAGACACAGGAGCAUCCAAAGAAAGAAAGCAAAGGUGGAGACGGAAGCCACGCAGGUCAGUGCAGGAAAGCCCAAGAGCCGGAAGGAGAGAAAGAGCCGAGCGGCGGCCUCGAGGAAAAAGGACCGCAAGCACAGAAAAGCCAGCAAGGACCAAGGCCAGGAGAGGACCGAGGAGGAAAUGCUCUGGGACCAGUCCAUCCUCGGGUUCUGAAGCAAGUGCCGGCGCUGGUCCUCCGGGGUGGCGCUGAAGACAGGGUUGCAGAGCUGGUUAUGGUGCUGGUAUACACAGGGCUUCCUUUGUGAUCAGGCCCUGUUAGAUUCCUACCAGGCCACAGACGUGCAGCGUUUCGUGUGCCUGCUCCCCAAGGGGGAGUCACCGUUUCUCCUUUUCUAAAAGCACUAUUAUGUUGUUCUUACACAAUGGGUUUCUCUUUAGGAGAGUGAUUCUGCUUUUAUUCAUCAAACUGCUAGGAUGGGAUUAUUUCCCUUGGGAGAUCAUUUAUUUUAAAUUUGAGGAUGAAUAGACUUUGCAGAAUCUGUUUCUUGGUUGGGAUUGUUUUAGUUUUGAGGGGGAUUUUUUUUUAAGUUGAUUGAUCUUUCUCUAUGCAGCAAUUUAGAUUUUUUUCCUUUGUUAGCGCUAAUGGCAUUAUAUUUUCUAGGUUGGAAAGUGGAAAAUAAAUAUAAUAAUAGUAAGAUAAUGUUUCAUAUAGUUUUAAAAGUUUUGAAGCGUCUCAAUAAAAAAUCAGUUUAUAUUCUGGAAAUGUUUAUAAUAAAGUGUUCUAAUUUCUACACGUU